AUGUACCUGAUCUCCGGCGCGUCGGCCGGCGCUGCAAUAGUGUUACUGGAAACAUAUUACAGUCUGUCCCUACUAGUCUCAAAACGCGUCCACUCGCCCCAGACCUUUUCCUACAGGAACGGCAUAAGACGCAUCAAGAUGAUCCGCGUUCUUAGGAUCGUGCAGGCGUCGCACCCAGUCCCAAUACGGAAUCAUGGUAACAAUAUACCCGGCGCCGUUAAUGACUCCCACCGUAUCCUCCAGAUUCACGGAAUCCCUAACCGCUCGCGCUGUGCCUCCUCAGAGUCCACGAGCUGCAUAGUCGAGAACGUAGUUGCUUCAGUUGGGCCGUACGUAUUCCAAAGACGCUUAGGCGGGCCCCCGGACUCUAACACGGUCCUGGAAUGA